AUGCCGCAACAACAAAUUGAGCGUCGAGCGGCAGAACACAAAAUGGCGGAUGCACCUGCGCCUGUGAUACGGUACCCAGUGCCGCUUCAAACGGACCUCAUGGACCACUUUAGCCACAUUGAAGAGCGUCUGGAAGCAGCCUUCAACCGCUUUUGUGCAACCUUAAUGGAACGGAUGAAGCGGGCACCCCCUGCAAAACUACCAUGGGUGAGAGAGCAGACACGCGGCGGAACAAGGCACAAGAAACCCUCCAAAGCCAAACCAACCUCAAUGUCAGCAAAACAUCCCACCUUGGGCCUCCCCGGGUCUUGA